AACACACAUACCCAUAAAGACAACCCAUAACAUUUUGUUUACAGUGAUCAAAACACCAGUUUGUAGUUUAAAGAACCGAAAAUUAGUUUCUAAACAAAAAUGGGAUUCCUAACAGUGCUGAAGAAGAUCCGGCAGAAAGAAAAGGAGAUGAGAAUUCUGUUACUCGGUCUUGAUAACGCUGGCAAAACAACAAUACUGAAACGUUUCAACGGCGAACCAAUCGAUACAAUUUCACCCACAUUGGGCUUUAACAUAAAAACUCUGGAACAUCGUGGCUACACAUUGAAUAUGUGGGACGUUGGUGGUCAAAAGUCUCUGCGAUCGUAUUGGCGAAAUUAUUUCGAAUGCACCGACGGUCUCGUGUGGGUGGUCGACAGUGCGGAUCGUAUGCGUAUGGAAACGUGUCGGGAUGAGUUGAAAGUUCUGUUGGAGGAAGAACGCUUGGCUGGAGCGACAUUACUGGUCCUGGCAAAUAAACAGGAUCUUCCUGGUGCGUUAAGCGCCCAAGAUAUCAAGGAUGCAUUAGAACUGGAUUCUAUCACCACGCAUCACUGGACUGUGGUUGGAGUAAGUGCUGUGACCGGCAAUAAAUUGUUAGCGUCUGUCGACUGGCUGCUAGAUGACAUAGCGAAGCGAAUCUUUACACUCGAAUAACAUUCGUCCAGUCAAAAACUGUGUUGUGGUGUCGACUCAAAUAAUUUAUUCAAAUUCGAUGUGUGCAAAUUGCAAAUUACCAACAAAUUAAAACGAAAAUGAAAA